AAUGACGCGGGUAUUCUCAAUAACUACUAUAUUUGUAUAUUUUCUUGUCUUUCAUUGGAGCUUUAUUUCAAAAACAGUUUCUAACAAAGAAGGAAAACAAGAUUUUCCGACAAAACUUUGUGGUGAUCCAAAAUGUGAAGUAACACUCUUCUCUUCAAAAUUUAUACGAGACUAUUCUCCCGCUGAGGGCGUAAUGAUGUUAACUGCAAAAGAGAAGGAUGAAGUUAAUGUUGUGGCUAUCAAAUUCUCAAAUAGGCCAGACUUUUUUGAGGCUAAGAAAGGAGAAGCGCGUGGUUUAAUUUAUAAGCAACAUAUUGAUGGCACACCUUUCAUACAAUUCUUGGAAAACGCACUAAAAAAUAAUUUGACACUUUUUGUUGUUGAACAGGAUACUAAAAAAUUUAUACGGGAAAUAAACGCUUUUCCUGAAUUAAUUAAAGAUUACACUGUUUAUGUAAAAGAGAUUAAAGAUUAUCAAGUUGAUAAGGAUCUAUUCGAGAAAGUUGCGUUGCUUGAUGGUGGAACAACACAAGAAAGAGCUAAAGAAAAAGUUAUUGCGAGUUCAGAAAGCACUGAGAAUCCAAAUAAAUUGAAUACAUUGGAUGGAGAAAAUCAAAAAUUAAAUGAAAAUGUAGAGAAGAAAAAUAAUGUUGAAGAAUCCAGAAAGGAUGACAAUAAAAACCCUUCUGUUCCUUUAGAAGUUUCUAAUCAAAAUUUAAAAAGUAAUGAAGAAAUAAAUAAAAAUCAACAAGAGCAAGCAAAUUUAAAUGAAAAUCAACCAUCAACAUCAGUAGAAAAUCAGGCGAAAAUAAAUGAGAAUCAAAUUGAUGAGACAAAAGGAAAAAAGGAAAAAAUUGAUGCGAAUAUUGUGACGGCUUUGAAUGAUUCUGAACCUGUUAAAUCUGAAGGAGCUAAAGAGGGGGAUGUCAAUACACAACAACAAUUGGUGAAUGAAAAGAAAAUUGAAAAUGAGAAUGUUGAACAAAAUUCGGAUGAAACACAAAAUUUGGAAGAAAAUCAAAAAUUAAAAGUUGAUGAGAAUAAAGAAGUCAAUGAUCAAGAAAAGAAUGAAAAGACAUAUAAACAAGUUAAUGCGCAACCACAAAUUCAAGUACCAACUACAGUCCAACCGCCAUUUUCAAGCGAACAACCUUCAGAACAUUCGCAACAACAACCUUUUUUAAAUUCAUCAGUUUCUAUAGACCCUCCCCUACCUCAACCUUCUAUUUCACCUGUAUCUGACCCUAUUGCCUCUCCGGAAGUAUUAAUCAUGCAGAAAGAUCAGACGAAAGAUGCUGGAGUUGAAGCGACAAAUAUGUCACCACCACCAGUUGUUCAAAAUCAAUCUAUGAAUCGGGCAGCUAAUGAAGAAAAAUCUGCGGAGUCAACUAAUAUUUUGAAUGUUAAGAAAGGAGAGGAUGAAAAGCCACAAAUUAAUGAUGUUAAAGGAAAGGAUGAAGAGCUACCCGUUUUAAAGAAAGGUGGAUUGGAACAACAAAAUAUGUCAGAAGAUCCAAAACCUUCUUUACGUGAAGAGACGGAUCCAUCAAAACAACCGGAAGUGCCUGAUAAGAAGAUUGAGCAGCCAAUGGAAAAUAGUCCUAAAAUUGAUGAUCAACAAAAAAGUACGGAACUUCCUCCACCAUCACCCCCUCCAUCACCUCUUGUUCCAAAUAUUCCUAUGGAUGAAAAGGCAAAUGGAAUUGACAACAUUAAAAUUAAAAUGAAGGAAGAUACUUCUGCUCAAAUAAAAAAUAAUAUAGAAAAUGUUAAUCAACAAUAUUCUCCUCCUCCACUACCACCACCUCCAUAUUCACCCCCUCCAUCACCUCCUGUUCCGAAUAUUCCUAAACCUCCGAUUGAGGUCGUACAACCAAACAUUGAGUUAAAUAAUAAUCCUCCUAUGGAUGAGAAACAACAGCAAGCAGCUACUCCUACUUCCGGCGAUCACAGCAACAUUGGAGAUUCAAAAGAGGAAAGCAGCAAAGAAAAUACUCCUAAAACAGAUAUAGGACAACAACAACAAACUGAUCCUAAAGCAGAUAUGGGACAACAACAAAACGAUCCCAUUAAAGAUAUGCAAGAGCAAAAAACUUUCCCAGAAGAUAAGUCUGAUUAUUGCUACAAAGACGAUUGUAAAAAAUUGGACAAUAUUCCUUCUGACACAGAAAAAUCUCCUUUUGAUUCAAAAAUUCGCAAAAUGUUUAGAGAAACGAUGGCUUCAAUUAAAGGACUUUUGCCUGAACCUUUAUGUUAUUUUGAAGAUACUGGAUUGAUAAUUAUUGCUUUUGUGUUGAUAUCUAUUCUUUUGCAUCUUACAAAUAUGUUGUUUUCUAAAAGUGUUGGUAAGUGA